UGAAUUAAAAACUUUCAACAUUCUUUUAUUGUGUUUCUGCUUGACACCAUGUGGUGGAGUGUAAGAUUGCGGUCAUCCAACUGAUCAAAAAGUAUUAAUGUAAACAAUGUAAUUUGUAACACCAUAAUGUUAAAAUAUUUUUAUUUUUUUCCAAUAUGGUUUGUCAUAUUGCAGAGCCUUUAUGUAAGAGACUCAUUUAAACAUGAUUAAACUGCUAUUUAAUGGACUAAAGUAACUAAUUUGUGACUUUUGGUGCUAUCAAAAAAUCUAUUAAAAAUAUUAUGUAUUAACUGUGAUUCUAAAGAAUAUCAUUGGGGUGGCCAACGCUGGUCCUUCCUCUGUAAUGCAGAGUUUUGCUUAGGGUGAAUCUGGCUGUCCAGGAAAGAAGGGAGUCAUCUCUGAAGUUGACGACCCUGUGUCUUUAUUCAAUACGCAACCUAAAUUAAGAUUUAUGAUUUGUGUUUUACCUACUUUCUUUAAGUCAGUUUGAUGGAUGUUGCAUUACAUCUAAACUCCUAAACUUUAACAUAAUGGGAAUGGGGAGACAUUGGCAUGUACAGUAAUGUGACUGCACAUGGUGACACAAGGCAUUAAAAAGCCACAAAUAUAACUUUAAAUAAAUGUUUAAGAUGAGCUGGUCAUUCAAUGAGAAAUAAUAAUCAUAUAAAAGAGGCAGGGCUUAAGAUGCUUUACUAAAAAAAAAAAACAUUUUCUUCUUCACAGAAAGAGGAAGUGAGGGAAAGAAUAGUUCAUGCAUAGUCUAAACAAGUCCAGUGUGAAGUUUAAGGCAAAUGGUUAACAUUUGCAGAGCGAAGGCAAAGAAGUAGACUCAUCUAGACUUCCUUUAAAAUGUUUGCGUUUGCAACAAACUCCAAUUUCCUGCGCUUCUUUUGGAGAAUUGCAUUAGGUUUAAGUAUCUGCAAUGUGGUUUUAACUCGAAUAACAAAGCGCUGCAUUACUAUAGAGGAGCAUCUUCUCAAACAAAUGCCGUGGACUCCACACUGCCUCCAUUAUCCAGGAAAGGGUCCAUACGCAAACUGCAAUAUCACAGACCUGAGCACUGAUCUGUCACAGGUAGGCUUUGAGGUUAGAACCCUUUGUGUCUUUGGAGAUAUUACGAGCAUUCCUGCUAAAGCCUUUUCACACUUACCUUCUCUGGAGGUACUUCACAUAGAUGGAAUACGUCUGGAGAGAGUUCAGGCUGGUGCCUUUGAAGGACUCCCCAAUCUUAAGUAUCUGUCAAUGCUUUUCAGUGAUGAUCUCUACAGAUUGGUCAAAAUGGAUAAUCGGUCAUUUGCUGGUCUGAAUAAUUUGGAGGAGUUGUCACUGACAGGUCUGAUGCUGCUCAAUGGAUCCAGUGGUAUAUUUGACCCAUUGGUUAGUUUAAUCAGAUUAGACAUUGUCAGAACUUGCGCACAAGACCUUGGUGAAAUUUUCUGUUGUAUUUCGAAUGGAAUGACCCGGCUAAGACACCUAAAUGUAGAAGACAGUGAGAUUUCAACAAUUGAGAACAAAGGAUGUGCAGGGGGCUCAAUGACCUGGCCGCUUACUGCCCUUUCUGGGGUUCAAAAUCUGUAUCUAAUUGGGAACAAUAUUAAAUCUAUUCAAGCAAACUCCUUAAAUAUUUUCCAGAACCUCUCAAGCCUUUUUCUGGAGUUCGAGGGCAAGUCCCUGGGCAGUAUUUGGGAGUCUGGAGUUGGAAAAGUCAAUGAUUUGACUUUGAAAGGGAAAGUAUUAAAAAAAUACUCAACAAACUUCAAAGAUUUGUGUCAUCUUGUAUCGAGUCUUUAUUCGCAAUCACUCAGCCUUGUUUAUACAUCAAUAGACAGACUAACUGCUGAGGACUUGAAGGACUGUGGGACUAAGUUGACAAAGUUAUUAAUCCAGAAUUCCAAAAUAGACAACCUAGACUUUAGGUUUUGGACCAGUAAACUGGAAAUGCAGGCCCUUCAAAUGGCCUACAUGAAGUUGACAGAUGCUCCCUUUUGUUUUGUUGCGAACAGCACAAUGUGGUCUUUAACCUCACUGGACCUCACUGGAAACUCUAUCACCAAUAUUGAUGGAGAUCAGUUUGCAUGUAUGCCUUUUCUUGAGCAGCUCUAUCUGAGCCAGAAUGCCAUUAAAACCCUACAGCUGCAUGCAUUUCGAGGUUUGCUUCGACUCAAAAUCCUACAACUUGACUCAAACAAGAUCUCACAGCUUUCUGCCAAUGAUUUCAAAAACCUUCAUGCUUUAGAGGUUCUGCUGAUUAACGAUAACAUCAUUGAGACUAUAGAGACAGGAACAUUUUGGGACCAGCGGGAGCUUCGUGAACUGUCAUUUGGUAGACUGGAAUAUGUUUAUGAGUUGCAUCUAGAGAACAUUUUUUUUGAAUUUCCACCAAAGUUACAGCGACUCAGCAUCGAUGCACAUUAUGGAACUCAUAUUUACAUUGGAAAUGCAUCACCACCCAAUGGAACGUUUGCUCUGGAACUAAAUGGAGAGAAACUAAGUUUUGCAGACUGUAAAAGUGAUGUUUUAAUGGCAGUCCGUGAGUUGAAAGUCAAUUGCACCUUCUUCCUUUGUGAGAACCUCUUCAUGGCUCCAUAUUUCCUAAACCUGGAAUCUUUUGAGAUCUCAGGCGGAGCUGAAAGGGCACCUCUCAAUUACGCUACAAUCAAUAAUCUUCACCAUCUCAAGCAUCUCAAACUCGCUGGGUUGAACUUCCCCAAUUACACAGAAUCUAGGAGUGCCUUUUGGAACCUGACUCAACUCCAGACCCUAGUGAUGGUAAACUGUUAUCUUAGUUUCCUCACCAAGAGCAUGUUCAGAGAUCUGACCUCUCUCCAGCUGUUGCGUCUCUACAGUGACAGUCCUCUGAUCUUGACUGAUGGUGUGUUUGGGGUUUUACCAGUGCUAAAAGCGUUCAUUCUGGACAGAGUAGAUUUCCAGUGCAGUUGUGAGAAUGGCUGGCUACUUGAUUGGGCAGACAGCACUGAAAAAGUGCAGGUUAUCUACUUGCAAAAGCAGCAGUGUGUCUGGCACUAUCAGAAACUCAACUUCUUGGCCACAAUGGAGAAGCUCUGCCAGACUGAUGCGCAGUACAUCUGCUAUGUAGCCACAGCCAGCAGCAUUAGUCUUCUGUUGUCGGCAGCUGUUGGAUAUCGCUUUGCUCGCUGGCCUUCACUUGUCCUCUUCUUCCGCCUGAAAGGUUGGAUGGAGAGAAGGUUUGGUCGACGGUGGAAUAGGAGAAGAAGAAGAAUGGAGGAUGACUAUGGGGAGAUCGAGGAGAUGCAGUAUGAUGCUUUUGUGUCUUUCUGCAGCCAGGAUGAGGCUUGGGUUUUGGGGGAAAUGGCUCCUCGGCUGGAGGAUCAAGGUAACCCAAGACUGAGACUGUGUCUGCACAACAGAGACUUUGAGGUGGGUAAAGAUAUCAUGGACAACAUCACAGACAGCAUCCACAACAGUCAGUGCACUGUUUGUCUGAUCAGCCGGCGGUAUCUGCGCAGUGACUGGUGUGGUCUGGAGAUGCGAGUGGCCACACACCGGCAGCUGGAAGAGCAGAAACACCGUCUCAUCCUCAUCUUCCUCCAACACAUCUCUCCCUUUGAGCUCUCUGCUUUUCAUCGUUUGGCAAAACUGGUGAGAUCCCGUACAUAUCUGGACUGGCCAGAGGAUGAAGGAGACCGAGAGCACUUCUGGGAUCGACUAAGGAGGAACAUUGCAGAAGAUUCUGAAGCUUCUUAAACUACUGGCGUGUUUCUGCUUAAUGAAUGAACACAAGGAACUUUACUGUAUAAACUUUUUUCAAAAAGAAAAGUUAUUUUUAUUUUAUUUAAAUUGUGUAAUCUUUUUUUUAAAUGUUUGUCACGUAUACUGUAAUAUCUAUCAGUGUUAACACCUUAUAUUCAUGCAUUGAAAAUGUCUCUAUGAUUUUCAUCCUAACCAAUAUUAAACUGAAACUAUAAUUAAACUUCUCUUGUAAUCUUUUUUUAUUCUUUUCUGCACAUAAAUUUACUAAAAGUUUAAAGUUGUUUUCCUGAUAUGCAGUGGUGUAAUAUACUGGUGUGGCCUAAUUUUAUGCUGUACUUAAGUAUUAGUUUGAGGAAUUCAACCCUAUUAAGUGUAGUCAUUUUUGCAGAUGUGUAUG